AUGCUCGGAAGCAAGAAGGCCAACAUCUACGUGUCGGUCACGGAUGGCCACACGUCGAUCAAGGCCGACAGCGAUCAUCUCGACCACAUGGCCAAGCCGAGUGGCAGCUGGUUCCUGAGUGUCGAGCCGCACAAGCAUCACAUGCUCGGACUCCCACGCAAGAAACAUCCAGAACCGCUCCAUUACAGCGCGAUGCAAGACGAGAGCAGCGGCAACGAUCUGGUCAGAACGCAUAGCGUCAGCAGCCAACCGAUCAUCCUGGGGAACAUUCUGGUGGCCGAGAAUGCGAAGACGACGCCGGAAGAGAUUUUGCAACUCUUAAACGAGAAAUUAGUCUCAGCUCCCUCAUUCGUGCCCUCGGAAAGCACGAGCGAAAACGAGCCUGAUCGUUGGAUCAGGAAAGGUGGGUUGUCGUAAACACGAUCGGACGAUUCCAGAGCGGUCCUGAUUCCGUGUCAGCAUUGCACAUCCUCCAGGCCGAGCAUAUCAUCGAGACAUUCGACGUUGGCGAAUUCAUGACGUUUGCGCAUGGCGUAAGGCGGGAGUGGUUUCUAGAAAGAGCGAAUCUUCUGAUCAUCCGACAGUACGCCGCGAAGCGAGCAGACCAUAGCGCAUCUGCAAUGGUAUGUCGUCCGUCGGCUUUUGAUGUCCGCCGAAUGCUGACGAGCCGGUUGUGCUUGCAGGUCACUUAUCCAGAGCUGAACAGAGGCCACGAGAAGAAGGUGAGAUCGAAGAAGUUCUGGGUCGACUAUCCCAUGGCCGCAAAACCGGAGCCGAGAGAUAGGAUCGAAGGCAACGCGCAGAAAUAUGGUGGCUUGAUGUGA